UCCGAUGCUCCAGGAAUAACAGCGCAGAUCAGAGCCGGAGCGCGAGUCGCGGGCGGACCGGACUUUUCCAUGUUUGACACACAUAAACCGAACCCAGACUGCGUUCAAGUGUUUCUGCAGCAGGUAGACUGAGGAAACCAGCUGAACUGCGUAAGCAGGUGAGGGGGUGCCAUGCCAGCUGCUGCUCCCCUGUUGCUGCUCCUCGCCAUCGUGUGGUGGCCUCUGGUAUUGCCUCUGGCCCUCUGUCAUCUUCAGAGUCCCCCAGCAUUCAUCUCCCUCAAUGGCUCCCGGCUCAACCACCUCCUGCUGGACAGCCACUCAGGGCAUGUCUACAUUGGGGCGGUAAAUGUCCUCUACCACCUUUCCCCAGACUUACAGCUGCUCUCCUUGGGCAAAACAGGCCCUAAAUUGGACAGCCCGGACUGCUUGCCUCCCAUUGAUCCCAAUGAUUGCACUCAGGCAGCAACCACAGAUAACACCAAUAAGCUUCUGUUGCUGGAGGAGGUCAAAGGAGGGAACUCGUCCAGCUUGAUUGUGUGCGGGACAGUCCUGCAGGGCAUCUGUGAGAAGAGAAGCUUGCAGAAUGUCUCUCAGGUGCUGUAUAAGACAGACAACCCUGUGGACACACAGUACGUGGCAGCGAAUGACCCAAGAGUGUCCACAGUUGGUGUUGUGGUGGAGCAGAAAGGAGUUCCUCUUAUGCUCGUCGGGCGGGGCUACACCAGUAAAGGACCUGGUGGGAUCCCACCAAUCACAAUGCGACGUUUGACCCCAGUUGAGCGAAAUUCUGCGCCAGCGUUCUCCCAUGAAGAACUUGGUAAGCUGGUGGUCGGAAGCUACUCUGAAUACAACAACCACUUUGUGAACGCGUUCCACCACAACAGCUACGUCUACUUUGUGUUCUCUCGACGCGAUGUAUGGGGCAGACGAGAGUACCGAACAUAUGUGUCCAGACUCUGUGCUGGAGACCCCUUUUUCUACUCUUAUGUAGAGGUGCCGCUUUCUUGCAAUGGAAGAUAUAAUCUGGCUCAGGCGGCCGUGCUUGGCUUUCACCGGGAGCAACCUGCGCUGUUUGUGGCUAUGGCCAUGGGACAAGCAUCAACUCCUACACCCACAGACAAGUCGGCUCUUUGUGUGUACACGGUGGAGGAGCUGGACAAAGCUCUGCAUGGUGCCCAGCUACUGUGUUACACACAGGAAGGCAAAGAUGUCAGUAACAAGGAGAAGGCGUACAUCGAGUAUGAAGUGUCUUCCAGAUGUCUGAAUCUUCCACAGGACUCUCUGACCGAGUACCCAUGUGGAGGUGAACACACACCCAGCCCAAUCGCCAGCGCCAUUCCUCUCCAUGCCACACCUGCGUUCACCUGGACUCCUCCCAUCACUGCCGUCACCACUGUAACCGAGGUCGGCCACACCAUAGUCCUGCUAGGAGACAAAAGCGGAAGACUGCACAAGGUGUUUCUGCAUGCAAAUGGUACCGGGACAAAAUACGACACAGUGGAGGUGGAUCCAGAGAGUCCCAUUAACGCUGAUCUACUGUUGGACACCACCAAACAGAGUGUCUACGUGUUGACUGAAAGAAAGGUUACGAAGCUCCAUGUGGCUCAGUGUGAGAAGCAUUUAGACUGCCACUCCUGCCUGUCGAAUAGAGAUCCCUACUGCGGCUGGUGUUCGCUGGAGGGCAGAUGCACGCGGAAAAUGGAUUGCGCACGGCACGCUCAGCCUCACCACUGGAUCUGGAGCUACAGCCACGAGCGCCAGUGUGUGUCCAUCCAGAGUCUAGAACCCUCCAUCCAGAGCAGAGAAGAGCAGACAGAGGUCUCUUUCACAGUUCUACAGUUGCCAGUCUUGUCAAAGGAUGAGUCUCUAUCUUGUGCUUUUGGGAGUUUGGCUGCUCAGCCUGCGGUUGUCUUGGAGAACAGAAUCACAUGUCAAUCACCGGCGCCGGAGCUGCUCCCGCCGAGUCCGCCAGGCAACGAUCAUGUAUCUGUUCAAAUGGCACUGAAGUUCGGAGACGUUACCAUCUCGCAUACCAAUAUCACCUUUUAUGACUGUAAAGCAGUUGGACGGCUCAACGCUACCUCACCAUGCAUGGCGUGUGUGAGCAGCGUGUGGCCGUGUCACUGGUGUGUGAAGGAUGAGCUCUGCACUCAUCGUAAAAGCUGCCCUCGUCAACACGUCAUCUAUAAUAGCAGGGAGCAGUCGACGCCCCGCGGGCCUGACUCUUGCCCCUGUGUCUGGGCCCUUCAGAGCUCUCCUCUGGUUCCUGUGGGCUUUGACACCGAACUCUCACUGCAGGGCAAAAACCUGGACAUAUUCGAGGAUGAGGAAGAUUACGCCUGCAUGUUGAUCAUCGAGGGCCAGGAGCUGCGUUUGCCGGCCACAUUGGAAAUCGGCAAAGAAACGGGGACGCAUGUGUUCAAGUGCGAGGCUCAUCAGUUUCAGUACUCAGGAAAGCAUUUCGAAUAUUCCGCUCCUGUGUACCUGCAAUGGGGGACGCAGCGUAUAGAUUCAGCACCACAUCUCCGCUUGCAGCUGUAUGACUGCUCAGUGGGUCAGUCUGACUGCAGUCAGUGUCGCGCGGUUGCAGCCAGUUACGGGUGUGUGUGGUGUGCUGAUGAAACCCCCGGUUGUGUGUAUAACCAGUCCUGCACCAGUGGAGCCAUGGACACCUGUCCUCCACCUCUAAUCACAGAGGUCGAGCCACUCACCGGGCCGCUGGAGGGCGGCAUACUGCUGACGAUCCAGGGUUCAAACCUGGGACAGAGCUUUAAGGACAUCCAAGCAGGCGUGACUGUGGCAGGAGUGACCUGUAAACCUCUAUCUGAAGCCUAUCGCAUUUCCACCAGGAUAGUAUGUGAGCUCCAGGCCAGUGUAAAUGCCACAGCCGGGCCGGUCAUCAUCACUGUCAGAGGAUCAGAGAAAGGAGAGUCCCAGCAAACCUUCUCAUAUCAGAACCCACAGCUGAGCAGGAUUGUCCCAGAAAAAGGGCCCUUGGCCGGUGGUACGUUGCUCACGGUGUAUGGGUCACAGCUCCUGACAGGCCAAAACCUUCAACAAAGGAGUGACCAAAUCACUGGCCUGCAGGCCUUCCUGGGUUCACAACCCUGUCGCAUUAAGGAAGUGAGUGACACAAGGAUGAUAUGUCACACCAGUCACGCAAACCAAACUGGAAAAGUGCCGCUCAGGGUUGUGUUCGGAAAAGCAGAGAGAGUUUUGAAUAAUGUCCUUUUCAGCUAUAUGGAGGAUCCGCUCAUUACUGACGCAGAACCUACGGAGAGUUUUUACGGGGGUGGCCGUGUUAUAUUUGUGACUGGCCAAAACCUAAAUGUGGUUCAGCAGCCGAAGAUGUGGGUUUCUUUUGAGCCCCGAGACCGUUUUGAAGCCAGAAGACGUCGAUACACCCAUGUUUCUGUCAGGAAUCCCUUGGUUACGAGCCAGAGUUGCACUAAUGUAACCUCAGAGCAGAUGAUUUGCAAGAGCCCGGAGGUGACGCCCAACUCCAGGGUGAUUCGAGUGUGGUUUGAGAUGGACAAUGUGCACAUUGAUUUCAGCAGCAUCAAGAACAAGCCGUUCACGUACCAUCCAAAUCCAGACCUGUUCCCGCUCAACAGCGAGUCUCGAGGAACAGCCAUCAGAUUCAAGCCUGGAGGAGUGCUGGCUGUAGAGGGUAAAGGACUGAUGUUGGCUAUGAGUAAAGAGGAGGUUCAAGCCUGGCUGGGGAAUCAAGAGUGUGACGUCAAGACUCUGGACAACACACACCUGUACUGCGAACCACCUGACGUCCAGCCUCUCGCUCUGGAUGACAGUAACUUACCCACACUAAAGGUGUUAAUGGGCGGCCUGGCGUUUGACCUGGGCCCGGUGCAGUAUGACAGUGACCUGCACUCGCCGGUUCCUCUGGCGGCUCAGAUCGGCCUGGCAGCAGGAGCGGCUGUCGUCGUCCUCAUCGUGCUGGUCAUCAUCCUCAUGUACAGGAGAAAGAGUAAACAGGCGCUGAGAGACUAUAAGAAGGUUCUGGUGCAGCUGGAGACUCUGGAGAUUAAUGUCGGAGAUCAGUGUAGGAAAGAGUUCACUGACCUGAUGACGGAGAUGAUGGAUUUAAGCAGUGACGUCGGUGGUCCCGGGAUUCCCUUUCUGGAUUACCGCACAUACGCAGAGCGUGUUUUCUUCCCCGGCCAAAAGGGGGCACCGCUGAGCCAGAACCUGGAUUUACCCGACUCCCGCAGGCAGACGGUGGAGCAGGGCCUUUCUCAGCUCAACAACCUGCUCAACAACAGACUCUUCCUCAUACGGUUCAUCCACACUCUGGAGGCGCAGCAGAACUUCUCUCAAAGGGACAGGGGUUACGUGGCGUCGCUCCUCACUAUGGCUCUUCAUGAUAAGCUGGAAUAUUUCACUGAUGUGAUGAAGAAUCUGCUGGGAGAUCUGGUGCAGCAGUACGUGGCUAAGAACCCCAAACUCAUGCUGCGCAGGACGGAGACGGUUGUGGAGAAGAUGCUGACCAACUGGAUGUCCAUCUGUCUCUAUUCAUUUCUCAAGGAGGUUGCUGGAGAGCCUCUUUACAAGUUGUACAGGGCUAUUAAAUACCAGGUGGAUAAAGGGCCAGUGGAUGCAGUGACGGGUAAAGCCAAACGCACACUUAACGACAGCCACCUGCUCAGAGAAGACAUCGACUACUGCGCUGUGACUCUGACGGUGCUGGUGAAGAGCGGUGUGGAGGUUCAGCCCUGUCCUGUUAAAGUUUUGGACAUUGACACCAUCACUCAGGUCAAAGAUAAAAUCCUGGACCAGAUUUAUAAAGGAGCGGCGUUCUCCCAGAGACCAGCCGCAGACUCACUUGACCUCGAGUGGAGAUCGGGUCAGGCGGGUCACCUGACUUUGUCUGAUGAUGAUGUCACAGCCAUUGUUCAGGGCCGCUGGAGGCGAAUCAACACUUUACAGCACUACAAGGUACCUGAUGGGGCCACAGUGGCAUUAAUUCCUCGUUCCCAGAGUUCUCUUGGUGUAAAUCAGGUCUACCAGACUGGAGAGAAAACCCCUAUGCUUGAAGGAGAGGAGGAGGAAGGUCUUCGUUUGUGGCAUUUGGUAAAGCCUACCGAAGACCCCGAGAUCCCCAAACACAGAAAGAGCAGCAUGAGAGAGCGGGAGCGAGCAAAAGCCAUUCCUGAGAUCUACCUUACACGAUUGCUUUCAAUGAAGGGGACUCUGCAGAAGUUUGUGGAUGAUGUGUUUGUAGCCAUACUGAGUACGAAACGGCCUCCACCCAUCGCCGUCAGAUUCUUCUUUGACUUUCUGGACGAUAUGGCUGAGAAGCACGGCAUCGACGACCCGGAGACCGUUCACAUCUGGAAAACAAAUAGUUUACCCUUGCGUUUCUGGGUCAACAUCUUGAAGAAUCCUCAGUUCGUCUUUGACGUGCAGGUGACUGAUAGUGUGGACCCCGUCCUCUCCGUCAUCGCACAGACCUUCAUUGAUUCCUGCACUACAUCGGAGCACAAAGUGGGCCGGGAUUCUCCAGUGAAUAAGCUGUUGUACGCCAGAGAAAUCCCUCGAUACAAGCAGCUGGUGGAGAGGUACUACAGUGAUAUUCAUAACGCCGUGUCUGGCUGUUAUCAGGAGAUGAAUUCAAUGCUCACAGAGCUGUCAGGGAGCUUCGCAUCAGAGAUGAACAGUUUGGUGGCGUUACAUGAGCUCUACAAGUAUAUCAACAAAUACUAUGACCAGAUUAUCAUGUCUCUGGAAGAAGACGCAGCAGGUCAGAAAAUGCAGUUAGCAUAUCGCCUUCAACAGGUCGCCGCCCUGGUGGAGAAUAAAGUCACUGACCUUUAGGUUUUUGACCGAUCUUCACCAAACCUUUGUGUGCUUCCACAACUGUUCACAAAAAACUCUUCUUAACAAAAGGGAACAGGAAAUGAAGUAAUGCUCACUUUCUUCCGAUAAAUCCUUAAUGGGGAUUUUAUUGGAGAAGCGUCGCUCUGAACUACUCGCAGGAGUAUUGACUGAUGGAAAGUGUGUGUGUGUGUGUGCGUGUGAAAGGAUUUACCGGCUAUGUGAAGGUUACAGAAUUCAGAUUCUCUGACCUGAAUCUAUCAUAAUGACACUACUGAAGCAGCUCUCACAUAUUGUGACACGCUAAGACACAUUUUAUAGCAUUUUUACUUAUUUUCAUGUGAUCAAAACCACUAUAUGGAUGUAAAAAAAAAACACUUACAAUCAAGUCCGCACUAUGGACAAAUCCUACUUUUUUCCCCCCCUAAAGUACGUGGAGUAUUUUUUUUUUGUUCCAGAAAUGUGUUUCUCCUCCAUAAUUACAUCCCAGAUUUCAAAAAGGACUGACCUCGGCCGUGUCGUAUUAAUCUUUUAUAUACUAACAUUUCUACAUUAGUAUUGCGGAUCAAAACAAGUAUUAAGCCUUUACAGGGAGCGAAGAGUAAGUCGAUGCACACAAGUGCCAAAAGAAAGUUACAAGAGCACAAUAUUUUGUGUGCACAUUUUGUGUGUGUGUGUAGCUAUAGAUGUGCAUGCAAAUAAAAUACAAAACAUCAGUUUGCAGGGUUGUUAGGAACUCCAAUAUGUUGAAUUUCUCAUAUCGGGAUACAAACACAUGGUUUAUAGCACCAAAGUGUUGUUACAUUUAUUAAGCAUCAAUAUGCCAUCCCUCCUGAGAUUUCUCAUACCCAGUAAGCAUCUUUUGUGUUUAAAAGAAGUCUAAUAGAUGUCUGUUAGACAUAUAAACAAAGAUGCUUUGGCUAAAAGAAGGGUUGAUAGUUAAUAUCUAAUAGACUAUAAGAGUACACUCAAAAAAUGACAUUUGGUGUUUGUUCACACUACUUAUUUAAAAUGAGCUGAAACAAUACACUUUGAGUUUAUUUGGGACAACUUAAUUGUUUUAUGUUCAAUCCACUUAAAUUUGUAAAAAAAAAAAUAAUUUAACUUAAUUCAUUCAUGUUUUCUCAACUCAAAUCCUUUGUGUGGAACCCAGCAUUUUUUACAAUGUAGCCCAAAACUAGACAAGUCUGUCUCAUCUGAGUAUUUCAUGACUAGUCUAGAUUUGGGCUAUUCUUAGACGUCUAUUGGAUGCUUACAGACAGCCCAAAUUUAACAUUGUUUUAGCCAAGACAUUUAUGUUUACAACACUUAAUUGCUUGGUGGGUAGAUUCCUGAAAUAUAUCUGUUAUUUCUUUGUUAAAUCAACAUCAAUACAGUAAUCGCCAAUGUUGUAUGUUUAAUUCUCAUUCAAAUGUCAGUGCAUAAAAUCUUAAAGAAUAGUUCACCCAAAUAUGAACGUUUAUUGUUAAUUUACUCACCCUCAGGCCAUCUAAGAUGUACAUGAGACACAAGAUGUAGUUUUAUUUCUCGUUUAAAAUGAAAGGAGAUUGUCUUUUGUGAUUUCUGAAACGCAAGUGGAAGGCUACCUGGACUUUGAGAGGCAAAAAAAUCACAUCCAGGUUAAACCAAAUGAAUACCCAUGACUUCUGAUGAUACAUUGAGCUUGGAGAAAAAUUUUCCCUAUUAAACUUAAUUAAAUGGUCUUAAUAUGUAAAAACCAAACAAAAAGUACAUGUAUCGUAGGAAUGGUAUACCAGAAAAUCUUUACAGUUUUAAAACCUUGACUUUUCCAAACUGCGGUAACCUUGAAGGCGGUUUUCAUCCCAUGCCUGCUGAUGAUACAUUGAGCUCUUAUGAAAUGAAACAUUUGGUCUGUGUUAGAAGCUGAAUAUUGAAAGCAAUGUUAUUACACUGUAAAAUAUUCUGCCUCUUAUUUUUUUAGUUGAAGCAAAG